GAACCCUGGGAGACAAGAGGGAGGAGAGAGGGGAGGGAGGCAGGGAAAGAGGAAGAGAGCGAGCGCCUCUGGCUGCUCUCUCUUGCUAUUAGAAGGGAGUGACUGAGGAGGCUGGCGAGUAAAGGGACAAGAGAUAGAAUGAUUUAGACGCCUAUGUCCACAGGACCCACGACAAGGGAGAGGCUGUAGACUGCAGCCACUCGGUUGGGUAAUGGCUGGGACUGGAGAGUCUCCUCAAAAGCCCUGAAAGUCUUCUGCACCGCCUCUAAGGGAUAUCCCAGAAGUUAGCAUCAGUGGGACUUGAAUGCUCCGAUCUCCACAAUUAUGGCUGGUGACUCUAGGAAUGCGAUGAACCAGGACAUGGAGAUUGGAGUCACGCCCCGGGACCCCAAGAAGAUUCCCAAACAGGCUCGUGAUUAUGUCCCCAUCGCCACAGACCGCACCCGCCUGCUGGCAGAAGGCAAGAAGCCCCGGCAACGCUACAUGGAGAAGAGCGGCAAGUGCAAUGUGCACCAUGGCAACGUCCAGGAGACCUACCGCUACCUAAGCGACCUCUUCACCACCCUGGUGGACCUCAAAUGGCGCUUCAACCUGCUCGUCUUCACCAUGGUCUACACCAUCACGUGGUUAUUCUUCGGUUUCAUCUGGUGGCUCAUUGCUUACAUUCGGGGUGAUCUGGACCAUGUAGGCGACCAAGAGUGGAUCCCUUGUGUUGAAAACCUCAGCGGGUUUGUGUCUGCUUUCCUGUUCUCUAUUGAGACUGAAACGACCAUAGGGUACGGCUUCCGAGUCAUCACAGAGAAGUGUCCAGAGGGGAUCAUACUCCUCCUGGUGCAGGCCAUCCUGGGCUCCAUCGUCAACGCCUUCAUGGUGGGCUGCAUGUUUGUCAAGAUCAGUCAGCCGAAGAAGAGAGCCGAGACCCUCAUGUUUUCCAACAACGCGGUCAUCUCCAUGCGGGACGAGAAGCUGUGCCUCAUGUUCCGAGUCGGGGACCUCCGCAACUCGCACAUCGUCGAGGCCUCCAUCCGCGCCAAGCUCAUCAAGUCGCGCCAGACCAAAGAAGGGGAGUUCAUCCCCCUGAACCAGACGGACAUCAACGUGGGCUUCGACACCGGCGAUGACCGUCUCUUCCUCGUGUCUCCGCUCAUCAUCUCACAUGAGAUCAAUGAGAAGAGUCCUUUCUGGGAGAUGUCCCGGGCUCAGCUGGAUCAGGAGGAGUUUGAAGUCGUGGUUAUUCUAGAGGGGAUGGUGGAAGCCACAGGCAUGACUUGCCAAGCACGAAGCUCUUACAUGGAUACAGAGGUACUCUGGGGCCACCGAUUCACACCGGUCCUCACUUUGGAAAAGGGCUUCUAUGAGGUGGACUACAACACCUUCCAUGACACCUAUGAGACCAACACACCCAGCUGCUGUGCCAAAGAGCUGGCAGAAAUGAAACGGGAAGGCCGGCUCCUCCAGUACCUCCCCAGUCCUCCCCUGGUGGGGUGCUGUGCUGAGACAGAGCAGGAUGCGGAGGCUGAGCAGGAACAAGAGAGCAAGCCUGAUGGGCUGAGUGGGUCCCAGGAGACUAGGGACUCAGUGUAAGGGCUGUACUGUCCCCAUAAACUCCCCCUUCACCAGCUUCCAUAGUGCACAGAUGCUACGGAGCCCUGGAGGGCAGAUAGAACUAGCUGAGUGUGCUGUUGGGGGGCUUAGCUGCCAAGGCUCUGUGGGAGGAACAGUAUUUCCAGCUCUCACAUCUCCCCACACAAGGCCUCCUGCCUAGCCCCAUGGACAGUGCUCCUUCUUUCUCUCAUGGCUUCAGUCAGUGCUAAGGGCCAAGCCAAAAUGGGUUUCCCCACCGUGAAAGUUACAGAAUGGCAUCUGUCCUCUCUCUGCCAACUGGUCCCCAGGCACAUCCCUCUUGGCUUUCAGAGCCCCCUCCAGGGGCUGACACCUAGAGAGGGCUAUCAGCCCUGCUCCUCAUUCCUACCACCCUGAGGUUUGCGGUGGAUUCAGGAAGGAGAGAUUCUACUUGAUGGAAGCUCAGACCUCCAGUCUGGGGAUAAGUUCACAGGUCUCUGGUGGGUUAAGGCCUAUGAGGCCAAUAGCCAUUUAUUAAGAGCUAUGGAGUUCAAGGCCCUUGCUCAUCUCUGUUAUUAUCUGCCAAGUGCAUGAGUUUUCCUCUGCUGUGCUCUGCGUGUCCGCUGCAGCCUACUGGAUAACCAAGCUGAUUAGAACGGCUCUGGGCUGCAGCACCUCUGAGCACAAGCACAGUUGGCAUCACAACUGCCUGAUCCAUUCACAGUCACGCUAUGCCCUGCACCUUCCACCCAAGGAAGAACCCCAGCCUCUGGGGUUUCUAUAGGACUAUAGGGCCCAAGAAUUGCAAAGUGCUUCUGACCUUCACUAUAGUUUUCUUUCACAAUCUCAGUGAGCCUGUGAUGUGAUUCUGAGAGAAAGCUUUAACCCUCCCAAAAAAGGAGUCAGAGAAGAAAAGAAAAGAUAGAAAAACAAUGAAAAUCUUAAAUAAGCAUUUGCCCCAUUGUUGCCCAGACACUGACCUUAGGGUUCAGCACACCUUGGGCGAUCAAGGUGAAUAACAGGAUGUGAAGCAAAAGUGACAGGUGACUGUAGAGGCAGCUUUGCUGUCAAGUCCAGCAAAAAAGUCUCGAGCUAGUGCUGAGAAGCUCCUUGACUCACUGCUACAGGUUGGGCAGUUACGAAGCCUAGGGGAGGGGAAUGAGCAGGCUGCCUCUUCCCACCCUGGGAACAGGAGGUGAGGAAGGUGUUAGGAGAAUUGGGGAAGUAGAUGAGUGUUAAGAAAAUUGAACCAGAGAAGAACCUUAAAAUUGACAACUUCAGAGAUUUUCUCUUCCAGUCUGGAGGACAGACUACAAAUUAUCAGGCCAACCAAGCAUGUGCUGAGAAAGAUAGGAUUGUGAUUAAUUGGAAAGGGAGUUCACAUGGUCUCAGGCACAGAAUUCUGCAGCGUUCUCCCAUGGCCUUCACAGCUCUCAACUGGUCCAUGAGAAUGGAAGCAUUUUCCUGUUUCAGAACUAACGCACCUUCCCUAGGAACCACAGUGAGGCAGAAGUUGAGGUAAAACAAGGGGACAUCUUGUAGAUCUCAUGCCCAUGUCCCAUAUGCUGAUUUCCUGGGUCCUGAGGCUGGUGAAAAGAGGAGAGAGGUAGACUGGACAGGAACCACUUCUCAUGGUCUACCCACACUCAGCUUGGCAUUGGGACUGGAUCUUGAGCAGUGGACCAGCAUAGCAGCAGGAAAGCAGGGACCUUCUAACCAGGGAUAGGAGGUUGGGUUGUGGUUCCUGGAAUCCUUUUGUGGUAAAAUAGAUCUUGCAGGGAUGGGGAAAAGAGUUGGGAUCCCCUUCUCAGGGAAAAGGAAAGGGAAGCUGCCAACAGAACCCCAGUGGGGGAGCUGAAUACAGUCAGGAGUCCAAGUCAGGGAGCCAGUUGCCAAGAUUGGAUGUCUGGGGUGGAGGGAGCUGCAGCUGGAUUCUCUGGUGGGGGCUGGCACUCACCCUGGCUAGCCAGAUUCCAGCUUGCACAGCAGGACUACUUUCACACCCCUUUGCCAGAUAUUUAAGUCUGUCUUAGUCAGAACCAGUCAGUACCCCCAGAUUACAACCCACAAUGAGGUUGACAGGAAAGUGGGUCACAUGGCUAGACAGUGGCCUGGCUCCUGCCUCCAUUUACAAUUCUGAAACAUCCCCCAACUGGCUAUUAAUGCCUCUCUCUGGGGUUCUCUAAUUCUGCCAGUAAACUCCAUGAACCAGAGCCAAGUCAAACCUCUCAGUCAAUCUCGAAGCUAUAGAGUCUGUUGAAGACAAAAGGUUCAGUGCAAUCCUAUUCUAAAGCUCCCUGAUAGAUGAGAGCCAAUGUGCAUUGGGAUUCGUAAAAUACUAAUUCUAACGUGCAAAUUCUCAUUUCCCUCAUGGCAACCUAAAUGUAAGAAGAACGAACUUCAUAUCCCAAGGAAAUCCCCUUCUUGGUGGCCAAAUAUUCUAACUGAAGUUUGAAAAGUUCUUCAAAACAUUUUCUGGAAGUUCUUAAAUAAAUAUGAACUUAUUCUACGCAAAGGUCCAAUGAUGGUCAGUGUUUCAUUGGGUCACUUCCAAAUCACUGCUCCCGCUUUACAACCCACUUGUAAGUCCUGGUACUUUUGCUUGGCUUGGAGCCCAUGUCAUUACUGAUGGACCACAGAGACCUGAACCAGGCUUUGAGAUGUGGCAUCUGGCAAUUCCCACAGAAUCUCCAAAAUCUCAAAAUGAUAACUUACUUAUCAGACCCUGAAUAUUUAGGGAACUGACUUCCUGCCUUAAUUUCCAUGUCCUUCCUUUCUAAAAAUAUCCUCUGGAAGAGAGAAGCUCCGAAGAGCGUAAGUUCUCACUGGUUUUUCUCUCUCUACCAGUCUUACACCUUCUAGGUAUUGAUACCUUUGUCCACAAGAUUCUGUUUCUGGUCUAGGGGAGAAAGGACAUUGCCUAUCCUCUCUCCUUCAGAUAUUUUCCCCACUGACUAUCUGAACAACCCGAGAGCCUACUUUCACCAUUUCCUUCUGUUGCUUUGAGAUCCUGGUUCAAGCAGUUAACUAUGAUUGAGAAGGAGAACAGCCCCUAUCUGUCUGGGGAGCACCUUCUCUGCUUCUUUUCCAUAACAACUGGGCACCUUUGUUCUCUGUUCUUAUUCUAUGGCCUACUUUCCAGCAGGCCUCAACCAUGUGUCUCUUGUGUAAGGGGAGAACCACAGGAACUUAAAGUGCUCAUAUUGAUUAAAAAAAAAAAAAAAAAAAAAAAAA